AUGAUUGUUUCAAAGCUCCUGCUCAUAGCUGGGCUGAUAGCCCACGUUACCCCGUCGCCUACCAGUAUCGACACAAGGAGCAACUCUGUCAACCUGUCACCCAUUGUUUCUCGGGAUGAGAUGCCCGAAGAGCUGAAAUCGCUCUUUCAUGCGAUGGCAAAAAAAUCAGGUGACCCAAUCUCGGAGGAUGAUAUGGAAGACAGGGUUCUGGCAGCACGUUCGGAGUCGAUCAUGAUGGGAGAGAGAAAUUCGUAUUUUAUGUCAUAUGCUUUCCUCACUCCCACCAUACCCGGAUUGCCGUGGUACGAAGACGACGUCCUAGGUCGGCUGCGGGGGAACGAUGAGCAGUCCUUGCUCGACGUAGGAUCAGGUCCUCUUCCAGACCUCCAUUGGCUUCUCAAGGAUGGUGUUACCAAAGAGAAGCUUUUCGGGACUGACUUGAAAGGGGAGUUCUUCGCGAUGGGCAAGAAAGCCUUUGGAAAAAGUCACCUCGAUGACGACCAGCUCUAUGGCGGUGUCGAUCUCACCAAGCUCGAUUUGAUAAAGGGCAGCAAGCUCGACAACCACAGGUUCUCCAUCGUAUAUGCAUCGAGGCUGUUCCACUUGUUCAGGAAGGACAAAGAACAGAAAGAUAUAGCAGCGAAUCUUCUCUAUAUGUUAGCUAAGAAACAGAAAGGCGCCGCGGCACUGAUCACAGGUUGGACAAUGGCGGAAGCUCAACUAAGCGGGCCCUGGGCCGCCGCAACCCACAAUGAAAAGUCGUGGGAAAAGCUCUGGGACGAUGCCAAGGAUGGCUACACGGGAGAUGGGGAAAUCGCAAGAAUCGAUACAUAUAUAUCUGUCCAGGAGCCUGCCCAAGGCAGUUUCAAGGUGCUUGUCACCUUUGAAGAUUAG